AUGGAAGCUUGUUACUCUCAACACAAAUAUAAUGUCACCACAUACAAUGUCUUGGCAAUUUCCCUCCUGUCCCUGCAGACAUUUGCUGGCAUGUGGAUAAACGCUUUCAUGGUUUCUGUGCUUUGCAUUGCUUGGGUCAGAAAGAAAAGCUCUAACUCCAAUGAGAAGAUCUUGGUCUUUCUGGGAUGCACCCGGUUCUGGUACUUGUGCUUCAUAUGGGUGUCUCCCUUUAUUACAAUUAUUUAUCCUUCAUGCUUUUUUGUUCACCCCAUGCCUCAAUUACUUUCAGCCAUUGAAACCUUUUUCAAUUGUUGCAACCUGUGGGUUUCUGCCUUCCUUUCUGUUUUUUACUGUAUCAAAAUUGCAAAUUUCCAGCACAGCUUCUUCAUCUACCUGAAAGUGAAAAUUGACAGGAUCGUGCCAUGGGUGCUCUUGGGUUCACUCCUUUUAUCCCUGAGCUUCGGCAUCCACAUAUAUGAAGUCAUUGAUGAAGCAGUCUGUGACAACAUCAAUUGUACCAGCAGAGGACAUUUCUGGAAACAGAAUAUCAGACUUCAUCAGCAUUUUUUACCUUUUUAUCUUUUCGCUGGAUUCGGAUAUGCCAUUGCAUUCACAGCAGUCAUCACUUCUGCCCUUCUCCUCCUCUUUUCUCUCUGGAGACACAAACACAAGAUGCAGAUGAAGUCACUGAAGAACGUCAGCAUGGAUGCCCACAUCAAAGCCAUGAAAUCUAUUCUGUCCUUUCUCUUCCUGUACAGCAUCAACUUUCUCUGUUUUGUCUUGGGAAUUGCUUAUAUAUCAAAGAUGGAAAAUGUUGUGACAUCUGUCAUUCCAUUUCUAGAACAAGCUUUGCCAGGUGUUCAUUCUCUGAUCCUGAUUUUCAGCAAUCCCAAACUGGAAAAGACACUGCUUAGGACCCUGCCCUGUGUGAAGUGCAAGAUUUGCAUGGGGCAGGAAAUGUCAUAA